CAAUAUUACACAGGAUACACAAAGUGUUUUAAUCUGAGGAAAGUCUGAGUAACUGCAGGUUUGACUUUUAAGUUGAAGUAUUGUAUUGGCCUUUAUUGACAGUUUAAUUCAAGAUGUGACAGGAUGGGUCAUUUAUCACCAAAACAGGUAAUUUUGGUUCUUACAGUGCAUCAAAACAUUAAUGAGAAACUGUGAUGUUGUUUAAUUGGAUAAGCAUCCACAGUUUGAAGAAAUAAAUCGCUAAAUUCUGAGACUGUGAGUUUGAUUAUCAUGUCCGUAUGUAAAAAAAAAAAAAUAAUAAAAAUAAAACAUGUAGAAUGUGUGGAUUAUUUCCUGAUGCAUCCUUUUUAAAAAUUCUUUUAAAACUUCUUUUUAAAAAAAAAGAAAAGUGACUUUAAGUUCUUACUUCAGAUGGAUGGUUCCUCUGUAGUAGUACAGUAUGGGCCUGGGCAGGUGAUACAGUAGGUGACAGGUUUUGUUUGGCUGAGGAUCAAGUCCACAUACUUCCAACAUGAAAACAGAGAGAGGUUUGCUUUCAUAUGACAACGCCCUUCACGCCACCCACCCCAUUUCCUGAUGCCACGGGACAAGAAUACAAACAGAUCUUAUUAGUAAUCAUUCAGCGUCGAUCCGCUCACAGGAGCUACUCGUCUCGACUGCGACCUGACUCAGAGCUAUAAUUACAGAUUCAUCUGCCCUCCAGACAAACGCCAACGCCAAGAAAUGUUUGGCAGCGGUUCAGACAAACCUGCCCACGGCUACAACCUGGGGCCUGAUCCCCGCGUAGACCCCAAAUCUCAGGGUGGUCACGAUGGGGGCCAUGGAGGAGACAGUCGCCAUGGAGGAGACAGUCGCCAUGGAGGAGACAGUCGCCAUGGAGGAGACAGUCGCCAAGGAGGAGACACCAGGGGCCAUGAUCGCCAUGAAGAUGAUCAACAUAGGGAUGAUCGCCAUGGGGAUGAUCGCCAUAGAGAUGAUCGCCAUGGGGAUGAUCGCCAUGGGGAUGAUCGCCAUGGGGAUGAUCGCCAUGGGGACGAUCGUCAUGGGAAAGAUCGUCAUGGGGACGAUCGCCCUGGGGACGAUCGCCAUGGGGAUGAUCGUCGUAGGGAUGAUCGCCAUGGGGAUGAUCGCCAUGGGGAUGAUCGCCAUGGGGAUGAUCACCAGAGGAGACGCAGCCCUGACUGUGAAGACCGCGAACAUAGACGCGACCACAGCCCUCGUCGCCCUCGUCGUCGCAGUGGAAGUCGCGGGAGCAGCAGCGGGAGCGAGUCUGACGGGCAAGGUGGCCGACGCAAAAAGCAUGGUCACAAGCAUGGUGGAGGUCAUGGACAUGGACGUGGUCGUGGUCGUGGUCAUAGUCAUGGUCACUGGUAGACAGGUGAAUACAGGCACAAGACACCUCCUCCUAACUCGUCCUGCCACGUUCUCUCUGAAACCAGGCUUUAGUUGUUUUGUUUUAUUUAGUGAAGGGAACCUGCAUGUAAACCUGUCUGCAGACACUGGACGUCAGCCAAACUGACUGACAAGAUGGCUGCUGGGAAACUGCAUAAACAAAAUAGUUAACAUGCUGUUCUGCGUCAGCAUGGCUGGAGGUUCACACAUCAACGCUGUAGUUCUACGAAAUAAAACAAUUUGAAAACAACUGAAAAUAGUCGCGUCGUUA